CCUCAUCCUCCAAUUCUCUGAGCCAACAAUCUUUAGAGACUUCACUCAUUUGAAAAGAGAGAGAGAGAGAGAGAGAAGAGAGAAAGAAGGGGAAGAUGUCGAAGGAAGCCAGCGAAGAUGCGCGAACCCAUCACCAUGGGAAGGACUAUGUGGACCCGCCACCAGCCUCUCUCAUGGACAUGGGUGAGCUCAAGCGUUGGUCUUUUUAUCGAGCCUUAAUUGUUGAAUUUGUAGCCACCCUUCUCUUUCUCUAUGUCACCAUCGCCACGGUCAUCGGUCACAAAAAGCAAGAACUUUGUGACGGGGUUGGCUUGCUCGGCAUCGCCUGGUCCUUCGGUGGCAUGAUCUUCGUACUCGUUUACUGCACAGCCGGCAUCUCUGGGGGUCACAUAAACCCGGCGGUGACAUUUGGAAUGUUAAUCGCAAGGAAGGUGACGUUGCUGAGAGCGGCGGCGUACAUGGCGGCGCAGUGCUCGGGAGCCAUAUGCGGAGUAGGGUUGGUGAAGGCAUUCAUGAAGCCUUACUACAACAGGCUUGGAGGUGGAGCCAAUUCGGUGGAGGCUGGCUACUCCAAGGGCUCAGCCUUGGGUGCAGAGAUCAUUGGUACUUUCGUACUAGUCUACACAGUCUUUUCCGCCACCGAUCCGAAGAGAAAAGCUCGUGAUUCCCACGUCCCCGUGUUGGCACCAUUGCCAAUUGGAUUCGCAGUGUUUAUGGUGCACUUGGCUACCAUUCCCAUCACUGGCACUGGCAUCAACCCUGCCAGGAGUUUUGGUCCUGCUGUCAUUUUUAACAACGACAAAAUCUGGGAUGAUCAGGUACCUUCAGUUAUUUUAUUUUAUUUAAAAAAAAAUUUGUGUAUUUUUUACUUUUAAUUUCACUUUUAUCCA